AUGUCCUCACAACCGGUCGCCCUGAUCAUGGGCGCCUCUCGAGGCAUCGGCCGCCAAGUAGCCAUCGACAUGUCCAAAAACGGCUACGCUGUGAUGCUCGCAGCAAAAACAACUUCGGACGCGAGCAAAACAACUCCAUUCCCACCAGACCCAAACUCCUCAAAAUCAACAAUCAGCACCGUAGAGCGCGAGAUCCACGAGAGCGGCAAUCGCGCCGCAUCAGUCGCUGUGGAUGUGCGCGACGCAACCCAGAUCCAGCACGCAGUCGACGAGACAGUGCGGGUCUUCGGCAAGCUAGACGUCCUGGUGUACAACUCCGGAGCAAUCUGGUGGGCAUCAGUUGAGAACACGCCAUUGAAGCGAUUCAAGCUUAUGCAGCAGAUUAAUCCGGAGGGUCUGUACGCGACCGUUCAGGCAACGCUGCCUCAGUUUGAGAAGAACGGGUGGAAGGGACGGAUCAUUGUUGUGUCGCCGCCUAUUUAUUCGCGGUUUUUUAGAGGGAAGACUGCUUAUGCGAUGGGGAAGGUUGGAAUGAGUGUUCUUGUCAAGGGCCUUGCUAUGGAUUUCGUGAGACAGGGUCGUGAGGAGAUGGCUAUUACGAGUAUUUGGCCAGCUUCGUCUAUUGAAUCCGCCGCUACGGAGUUCAACAAGUCCGAGGAUAAGUCCUACAAGAAGGAUUUGAGAAAACCAACAAUCUUCUCCAAUGCUAUCCUGGAGAUGCUUCGGGCUCCACAUGCCACGGUCAACGGACUCUUGGACACAGACGAGGACUUCCUUCGAGAAAAAUGCGGCGUGACCGACUUCUCCAAGUACUCAGUUAUCCCAGGCUCAACACCGCGACGGAUCAUGCCUGAGAAGUUCCCCGUGCUGGAGGUUGCAGAGCAGAAUGACGAGGGUCAGAGAAUGGAUAGCGUGAAGCUGCGCACUAACAAGCUAUAA